UCAGUUGUAACCACAACCAAUUCAAUUAAAAUACCCUAUUUUUGUUAAAAUCUGUCAGAGCUAAUCUAAUGUAUUUAGAAGAAUGACAAAUUACAGAAUAUUGGAAAAACCGUCUGAGCAACCAUGACUUUUUACGAAUUCAAAAUGUCAGGCAAUAUCAUUUUCAUGAUGUGGCAAAUUAAGUAUGAAAAAUUGUCACCGAAAGAAAGUAUAAAUAUUAAAGAGUUUAGGGCAAAAUGAGGAAUAUAUCUGCCUGUCAUUAGAUGAGAUGUUGCCAUGGUAACGGCCUUAAACCAAAAAUCGACAACCAAAAUAUAAGCCUUAUUUUAACAGUACCCAUACUAGUAAAUCUCUACAGGGAAAUCUCUACAGAGAAAUUAACUAACUUUUCUAACUCGCGCUCUAUAGGGAUGGUGUUCGUAAAUACUCCAGGGAGCCACCUUAAAAGGAACGUGACAAGUGAACUCGUGGUUGUUGUUGUAAUAGUUGUAAUCAGUAAAGAGUGUAAACAGAAAAACGCUGUAACAACUGUCAUUGGAAAUUAAAGUGAAUUAAUAGAACAAAAGAGUGUUGAGGUGAUCUGCUAGUUUCCCCAAAAGUCUGCUUCAACAAGUUCAUGACACAUCGGCUGACUGAGCUGUAUCUUUAUAACAGUUAGAUGUUAAGGCGUGGCCAGUCCACGUGCCAUUCAACCUGAGGGCAGCAUAGAAUCUUAAAAUUAACCUGACCCAGAAGCUUGUCACCUUCAAAAGGCUCAGUCACGGCGUUUCGAGUUAUUUUGUCCACGUACAAAAUUAUCUUUAAAUUAAAGGAAACCUAAAAAUGGUAGUUUACUAAGAUAGCAAAAUACCAGAGAGAUAACAAUAAAUCGUAAAGCAACAAGUUUGGUUAAGAUGGAGAAGAUUAGCACGGAAUACGAAUGACGAACUUAGCCUAAAAUUUAGCCUAAACUUUUCAUGAUGCGCAAACCGUGACGUAGCUCCUUUAACUGAACAAAAGUCAAGCAGAUGAAGGAAAAUUUAUAUUUACUAAGGCUAUAUUUAGACAUAUCGCACAAUAUGGCUUAUCCCAGUUUUCUGUACUACAUCUUCGGCAGAGAGGAACCUGGAGGCAAAGUUGUCAACGUGUUGGGUGCAAGAAGCGUGUCAUAAGAACAAAGAAAAGCACGAAGACGUCAGACUGAACCUUGCAGCUUAGGAUAUCUACAACUGAAGAGCACAAGCAAUGAAUGGAAAGUUACUUUUUGCAGUUACUGCCAUGUUAGUUGUGGCCACUGUAUAUACGGUAUUCAUACUGUGCAUGAAUGAUACACAGGUACGAGGCUUACAACCCGCUUUAGCGCGAGAGAAAGGUUCUCGUGGGACAAGGUACUCUAGAACCAACGAUCAAGAGAAAUCAGACCAGGAUGUCUUUGACGGUGUCCAAACAUUUCUGAUGUUUAUCGGCUACCCUCGCAGUGGUCACACCCUUGUUCGGUCCUUGUUAGACGCUCAUCCUAAUGUGAUCAUUGCCAAUGAGUUGGAUGUAAUAAGCAAGUGGCAACAGUGGAGCACUGCCGACAAAAACAAGGAUUUCCUGUUUAACCAGCUAUACCUGAACUCCAUAAAGACGGCUUCAGUCCAACACCGCUAUAGUUACUCCGUACCAGGACAGUGGCAAGGAAAAUACAAUAACAAUAUUUUGGUUAUAGGUGACAAGAAAGGUGGAAAAACAACUAAUCAACUCAAGAAAUUAAGCAACGUGAACGCGUUGGAGGAAAUAAAACAAGUGGUUGAGAUGCCCAUGAAAUUUCUCCAUGUCGUCCGGAAUCCUUACGAUAACAUUGCUACGAUGUUGGUCAAAGCGUUAAAAAAACGUGAUGACACUGAUAGUGGGAAGAAGAUUAAUGACCCUUCCAAUUUAGACAAAGAGAUUAACAAGUAUUUCAUUUUAGCAGAGAGAAACAAUCAACUCAAGAAGAGUCUUCCCGGCGAAGUUUGCGAGGUCCACAGCGCAGAACUGAUCAAACAACCAAGAAAAACCCUGCUGGGAAUUUGUCAGUUUUUGCAUCUUACUUGUGAGCAGCGCUAUAUUGAAGACUGUUCCAAGAUUAUAUUCCCCGAGGCUAAAAAAACGCGUUACAAUGUAGUAUGGACAGCUAAACAAAAGGACUUGGUGAGAGAAAAACUGCAGAGAGUUCCAUUCUUGCAAAACUAUAGCUUUGAAGAUUGAAACGAUUUCAGUGUCGUAAAAUUGAUUUUUGAAAGACUUGAACCUGUAGAGGGUCUAUUAUACUCUGGCGGUUUGGCGGUUUAAGCCAAUUUUGAGUGCCGGUUUUGUCUCGAAGUUUUUCGGUUUUUGCGUGUUUUGUUACGAUUAUUCAAUUAAAAGAGAGCCCUCUAAAGAGAGCCCUCAAAACUAAUACUUUUACGCGUCGUAAUAAACAUCUCAAGCAUUUGUGAACAACCUAUUAGAUGUCAAAACGUUUUGUUCGCUGGUUCCGGAAUGGAGUUAAAAGCAAUUUGAUGUUAGAUCUAGCAUUUCGUUAAGAAUUUGUUACAUACUGCUAAAAGAUCGGUUAUGAUGAUAAUCGCCCUUCUAGUAGGGCGGUUUCGGUUUUUAGGAGAAAAUGAAAGCGGUCUGCGAGUUCGAAGGAACAAAAUAUGGCGGUUUGAGGAAUGUACGACCCCUUAAUUAUUAAUAAUAGACCCUCAACCUAUGCAAUUCUGUGAAAUACCUUUGACUUGUAUCGAAACAUAACAUGGAUCUAUAGUGAGUUUGGUCGUCAGCAAGAGUUCUUGUAGCCUGCGUUGCAGGCGUAAACGCGGACGGGUUAGGAGAGAGGCAAAGGCAAGGAACACUCACUGUCCCUCUCUCCCACGCUUUCUCCUUUUAUCCCUACUCUUUCUUCCGCUCUCCUUCUACCUUCUGCCGUUUUACACAUGCUACGCAGGCAAGGGUUUUUGCUGCCUGCCUAAGACGUCCUUAUUAUUUAUCAGUGCAAAAUCAAGUUACUCACGCUUCGACAGGAUAAGACGCUAUUUGUAGGUUUUUUUUAUGAGGUAGUUUCAGCUGGGUAGAGUCCCACAACUAAAUAAAAUCGAGAGAAAAAUUAAAUUCUGAAAAUUAAGCAAUAGCUAGCAACUGCGACCACUAUCAGAAAAGUUUGCUUACACUCCAGUUAGCCUGUUUACGCCGGAUUAGCGCUCGGUAAUGGUUAUUGUUCGUUUAAAGACGACUUUUUUCCAAAAUAAGACAUACAUACACACAUACCCACUUUAUUUAGACACGGUAAAAACAUCAGUUACAAGAUUGAGAUAUAUUAAAUAAAAAAGAAAAAAAACUGAUUUACAUGUUUGCUGCGUGUGAGUAGGAGUAGGACAGUUGGCGAUUUAACUCGUAUCUCAAGUUAAUAAAAGAUCUAAUGGCUCUGACGUUAGAUGGAACGCUACUCAACAAAUGUGCCCCACUGUAGCAGAAACUACGUUUCAAAAAAAUCGGUACGGGGCUUAGGCUCAGCCAAUUUGUUUUCACUAUUUCUAAGUCCAUACUCCGCUGCGCGUCGUAUUUUCAACUCUCUUCUCGGUGUUUGGAUAUGAAACACUGUCUCUCGUGUUUGAUAUAUUACUUCCCAAUGGGAAGUACCAUAUUUUUUUCUCGAAAUUGACCUUUCAUGUAAAUAAAACGUUUAACAGAGGAGGUAAGUCUCUGCAGUUAUAAAAUGCUAAUGAGGUAAACUUUUGUCAGACUGUACAGUGAAACCUGAAUUAGUUGGACACUCUCAGGACCCAAGCUAGUGUCCGCUUAACCAGGGUGUCCGCUGAAAACAGGUUCUCUCAGAAUUCGUCUCAAAAGGCAGGAGUGCUCAACGGGAAAAAUUUUAAAAUUGACUUGUUGUUGCUCGAAAGUAUUAAUUGACAUCCAAUAAGAGAUAAAUAGUUAAUAAUUAACAACCAUGGGAAAAUAAUAUCCGCUCCGCACCGCCAGCUAGUAGAAGAUACCUAAAUGAAGUUGCCAGCC